AUGUCGCGCUCGUCUGCAGCCAAGGGCAAGGCGCGAGCUCUCGAUCCCAACCUACCCUCGCAGCCGGCCACCCCUACAGAAUCCAUUACGAAACGCACCAUCCAGCCGCGCCCUAUCCCGGCCACCACACUGCUCAGCGUCGACGUCGAGUACCCCGGCAUCCUCUCGGACGAUGCUGCUGCCGGGCCAUCGUCAGCCAGCCUCGAGCGCGCACUCUCCACGCUGCACCCAUCCACUCUGCCGCCGCUGACGAGCAGCGCGCACGAGGGCCUGCGCUUCCUCGCGCGCAUCCCCAACGACGGUCUGCGCGUCGUCGAGUGCCGGCUCGGCGGCUUCGAGGGUGGUGUCGACAACGUGUACCGCUCGCCACUCAUCGGCGAAGUCGUGCCCACCAGCAACGUGGUCCUGCGCAUCGUCCGACGCACCUGGCGGCAGAAGCGCAAACGUCCGCCAUCCCCGCCGUUGCACACACUCGACAGUGCGCUCGAUCCAGCCCUGUUCGUCGAGCCCGCACCGCCAGCAGCGCAGCAGACGCACGGAGCCGACAGGUACACCGGCCGCGUGAAGAAGGAGUAUGCCGUGCAAGCGCUCGGCAUGGCUUCCAACACGGUGCGCUUCCGCAGCAUGGCCGACUACGCCUUCCAGCCCGCCAUCACCACGAACCCCAUUUCCACCUCGAAUGGCGCGCGCGCAGAGCCCGAACUCGACGCAGUCAUGUCGAUGCACAGGGCGCUAGCUACAAUGGAUCUGGCGGCGUUUGAGCGCUUCCGCGUUCCGCCCCAGGACGAAGACUACCAGACGCGCGACGGGGUGAGUAAGCUCGGGAUGCUGCCACCCGCGUUUUUCAGCCGCAUGGAUGUACCCUUCAGCUACGGCUUUAGCCAGACGCCGUACAGCGAGCUGCGCAGUGUACCCGCCACUCCGCACCUUGCCGCGCCGGCGGGGGGUCGGAGCUUUGCGCACGCGCUGGCGGGCGAGCCGGGGAUGCAACGAUUCGUCAACCGGGUGCGGCUCAACAUUGCGCCGCAGCCGUUUCGCGUGGGCAAGGAUACCAAGGUGCCGACGAAGCCGGUGGCGGAUGUGGUGCGGAUCGAGCAUCGGUGUGACGCGAGCGUGGUUGCGCGCUUGAGGGAGUUGUUGGCAGAGAGGCCGGUAUGGUCGCGCGUGGCACUCAAGAGUCAGUUGGACGCCAACGGGGUGCGCGAGAUGGGCGGGAACAACGAAAAGGUGUACUAUGCCCUCGUGGGCUAUUCGAUGGUGGGCGGACCGUGGCGCGAUACGAUUGUGCGGUUCGGGUACGAUGUGCGCAGUGACUGCAGCAGUCGCAUCUACCAGCGCGUCUUUCUGCGCAGCACUGUCCACCGUCCAUCCACCGCGGCUGCAGAGGAAGAAGAGGACGACGAGGCGCCGAGCAUGGGUGCAGUGGGGCUGGGAGACAAGCUGGGCAGCACGCACGUCUUUGAUGGAGUCACACUCAGGCGCGGCGUGGGCAACUUUCAGCUGUGCGACAUCGAGGAUCCGCUCAUCACGCCGUACAUCUGGCGGCGGAAUGAUGACGAGUUGCCCCAGGAUUCAGUGCUGCCGCUUGAGCGGAUGGGCACACCCUGGCUGCGCGAUACAUUCGACCCAGAAACGGGCUGGUACACCCGCCGCGCACUCGAACUCAUCCGCGCCGUCAUUGCUGCCCGCUUCAAAGCGCUCAUCGACACCCAAACCCCGCUCGACCCCGCUGCGCUCGCCACGGUCGUCGCGCGAAUCCGAACGCGAUGGCACGAAGAGGAUGCCCAAUCCCACCCGAGCGAACCGGCUCACACCUAG